CCUGUACAGUCCAAUCCCCCCUGACUGGACAAUUUCAAUCAAAGUUCUAUUAAAGAUAAUCUUACAUUCGUUGUUCGUACUACUUGAUAGAAUAGCAUUUACCCAUGCGCUGUGCAGGCAAGGCAUCGGACUUAAACAAAACCCCAGACCUCUUUUAGCCCGUACUUAAGGUCGCACGAAACUAUGACGAAGAUCAAAAUGAUCAACGAGUGAAGACUAUGCCGCAUCGUCGAUACGAUGACUACGACAAACAAUUAUCGGUGGCGGCACGCAGCAGCAACGGGAUCAGGAGCAGCAUAACGCGGGGCCAGAGGGUUCCCAUAACAUAGCACGGGUACGGGUGCGAGUACAACAAAAGCGGGCUCUUCUCUUAUUCUGCACAAGCACACAAUUGAAUCAUAGCAUUAUUCGAAGAAGAAAGAAAACGAUGGAAGAAGAAGUAAGACACAACGAAAGAAAUCAACUAAGACGUCAGCGAGGGCCAAGACGUAGGGGAGAUGAACCACUUUAUAAAAAACACGUCUUGUUAUAUGGAGAGGCACAGGCAUGUGCGCACUCAGUGAAGACUGUGAGAAAUCGACUCCGGAAUAGUUUCCCACGGUAUAACAAUCUCUGUGAGCUGCUUUAUUAUUUUAUGUGAGUAAACGACGCGACCGGCGGCGAUGAUCGGCAGGCAAGGCAACAACCAACACGAUCGCAACAUUAAAUCUCGAUGAAGUAAGCCGGUUAUGGUGAGGGGAACGACAAGAAAAAAGCCUUUAUAAGUGAUCGUAUAGUCGGCAAGUCGAGUCAUUCAUACCAAAGUCGUUGCAGUGUGAAGAUCACUUCUAUUUUAUUUUGUAUUUUGUGAUUUUUAUAUAUUUUAAAGAAGUGAAAUAAAAAGUAAUGGUUCUCGAGAUGGAAAUGUCAAAGACCUAUCAAUACCGCAAAGUUAUGAAACCAAUGCUGGAACGCAAGCGUCGUGCAAGGAUUAAUAAGUGUUUGGAUGAAUUAAAAGACAUUAUGGUGGAGUGCCUUACUCAGGAAGGAGAACACAUAACCCGGUUGGAAAAGGCUGACAUCCUCGAAUUGACUGUAGAACAUAUGAAGAAGCUACGUGCGCAAAAACAAUUACGUCUUGGAGGUGUUAUUGCCGGUAUCCAUGACUCAAAAGUGACAAUUGCAGAAAGUUUUCGCGCUGGAUACGUGCAUGCAGCAAACGAGGUUUCGAAAACCUUAGCCACAGUACCAGGAGUAAGUGUGGAUUUGGGAACUCAACUUAUGAGUCAUCUUGGACAUCGUCUCAACUAUUUACAAGUUAUUGUGCCAACUGUUCCUGUAACAAAUAAUUCACCAACCACCCCUUUGUUUCCACUCGUGACACCAAGCUCUCUUUCUGGGGGGUUUUACGAGCAAGAGGGCAACCAUAAUCUUUUGGCUAUAACACCACCUCCAUCGGAAUGCAGCAGUGAUAGUGGUAGUUGCAGCCCAACUCCAAGUGAAUCUUCAAGUGUUUGGCGACCAUGGUGAAUCGACAAUUGAAGAACAAUGUGGCUACUGAUUCUUCGUAAACAAAUUUAAAAAAGCUGCUAGUUACGUUGUCAGCUAAAAAGUUUUGUUGUUGAAAUAAUACUGACAAUGAAGCAGUUUUCACCAAAUGAGCGGAUUCUUGAAGGAUUAAAAAACGUUAAACGGGAAUGUUUGACUAAAACGUGGAAAAAAAUCUUUAUUUACAAUUGAUUCUACCACAUCUACGAGUCUGAAAGUUGACUUAAGUAAAUUGAAUUGUAUACGAUGUGUUUUCGAAAAUUCUUGAAACUUUAAAAAAAUUGAAAAUUUUAUAAAUAAAAAGAACAAACUUAUAUACA